AUGACAGAGGCCACCACCAACAUGUGUGCGGAAGCCCUUCUCUCCAGCUGGAUCAACCAUUUUAGAGCGCCUGACCACAUCACGAUGGACUGCAGGGCCAUCUUUAUGUCAGAUUUGUGGGCUGCCCUGGCUCUCUUAAUGGGGACUUUGCACCACAGAACCACUACCUAUAACCCCACAGCCUCCCUGAUGGCACGCUGCUCCGGUGACAACUGGGAGAUGCAGCUACCUUGGGUCCUCCUCAGCCUCCGCACCGCCCCAAGGGCCAACGACGAACCAUCACCUGCAGAGAAAGUCUACGGGGAAACCUUGGUAGUUCCAGGUCAUUUUCAGCCCAAGGACUUAGCCACAAGCAAAAACAUCUUUGUCUGCGCCACGACGCACACCAACCGCCCCCAUGCCAUAGUCCUUUCCACAUCCUUCACCACUCAGAAAAGGCCUACCUCCUUUGAUAGGUUGAAGCCAGCCUUCCUGACAGAGGAGGACACUGCUCAAGACAAACCUGGCAGCUGCCCCAGAGUGCCACCGCAGAACCUAUUUUCCCCCGAGCCCCCAAACUAUACCAAUGGCACCGCGACCCUCCAGAGGGCACAAAGGAUGAGAGCCCCUCAAAACAGCUGGUGUCACUGA